UGCCCCCAUAUUAGUAGAGGGUUACAGGGUUAUUUUACAGUUCUGAGCCCUGUACCAUUGAACAAUGUAGGGAAAGACAUUUCAGGGAGAAGGUCUUUAAAGAUUUCCAAGGUUUGGGAGAUGGUCAAUGCAUGGUUUGCAGACAGAGUGCACACUAUUCCCACUACAAAUGAAACUGUGAGAGACCUCAGCCCUAUGCAUCAAAUGGCCCAGUCUGAGAGUGCCACGCCUGGAACACCUACAAGGAAAAUAUCUGCUUCAGAAUUUGACAGACCCCUGAGACCCAUGCUUGUUAAAGAUUCUGUUGGGGGUUUAACAUUUGUCUUUGACCCAGACAGAAAAGAACAGAUGCCAGUCAAAUUUCCCAAGCCUGCCUGUGAAGCCGUACCUGACAACGACCAGUGUUCCCGACUUUUGGAGCUUGUCAAGGAUAUUUCCAGCCAUUUGGAUGUUACAGUGCUCUGUCACAAAAUCUUUCUCCACAUCAAUGAAGUUAUUGCUGCUGACAGGUACUCUCUCUUCCUGGUGCACGAGGACAGCUCAAAUGAAAAGUUUCUUGUGAGUCAGCUCUUCGAUGUUGCAGAAGGUUCCACACCUGAAGAAACUUCAAACAAUUGCAUCCGAUUAGAAUGGAACAAAGGAAUUGUUGGAUAUGUAGCAGCUACAGGAGAGCCUCUGAACAUUAAAGAUGCAUAUGAGGAUCCCAGAUUCAAUGCAGAAGUUGACCAGAUCACAGGGUACAAGACGCAGAGUAUUCUAUCGAUGCCAAUAAAGAAUCAUGAAGAUGAGGUUGUUGGUGUUGCCCAAGCAAUCAACAAGAAAUGUGGAACAAAUGGAGCAUUCACCAAAAAAGAUGAGAAGGAUUUUGCUGCCUAUUUGACCUUUUGCGGGAUUGUACUUCAUAAAGCCAAAGUGUAUGAGACUUCACUCCUUGAAAACAGGCGCAACCAGGUUCUACUUGAUCUAGCAACCCUGAUAUUCGAGGAGCAACGUUCCUUGGAAGUAAUUUUGAAGAAGAUUGCAGCAAUUAUCCUUUCGUUCAUGCAGGCUCAGAGCUGUACCAUCUUCAUUGUGGAUGACAGCUCUUCUGAUUCAUUUUCCAGUGUCUUCCACAUGACUGCAGCAGAGCUGGAAGAUCCGUCAGAGUUCCAGAGAAGGAGUUAUGACACAAAUAAAAUCAAUUAUAUGUUUGCAAAGUAUGCAAAAAGCACCAUGGAAACCUUAAAUAUUCCAGAUGUUAACAAGGAUGCACGGUUUACAUGGACUAAUGAAAAUGCAGAAAAUACAAACAAACAAAUAAAAAGCUUGCUCUGCACCCCAAUUAAAAAUGGAAAGAAGAAUAAAGUGAUAGGUGUCUGUCAGUUGAUGAACAAAAUUGGUGAAAACGUUGACAAAAUCAAUGCCUUUAAUAAAAACGAUGAACAGUUUCUGGAAGCAUUUGCCAUUUUUUGCGGUUUGGGAAUACAGAACACUCAGAUGUACGAAGCUGUUGAAAUGGCCAUGGCAAAACAAAUUGUGACACUUGAAGUCCUUUCAUAUCAUGCAUCUGCCACUGAAAAUGAAACUGAGGCGCUUCAGGUAACAGCGGCCAUGGCUGUCCCUUCUGCUCAUUCACUGAAGCUGCUAGAUUUUAGCUUCAGUGAUUUUGACUUGACUGAAGUCGAAACAACGCUGGCUACCAUCCGAAUGUUCAUAGAUCUGAAUUUUUUACAGAAUUUCCAGAUGAAAUAUGAGGUUCUUUGCCGCUGGAUUUUAAGCGUUAAAAAGAAUUAUCGAAGACAUGUAGUAUAUCACAAUUGGAGACAUGCAUUUAAUACCGCUCAAUGCAUGUUUGCUGUGCUGAAAUCUGGAAGGAUUCAGAACAAGUUAACAGACCUGGAGAUUUUAGCUCUCAUUAUAGCAACCCUGAGCCAUGAUCUGGACCACAGAGGGGUGAACAAUGCUUUCAUAAAGAGGAGUGAGCACCCUCUUGCUCAGCUUUACUGUCACUCCAUGAUGGAACAUCAUCACUUUGAUCAAUGUGUCAUGAUACUCAACUCUCCUGGAAACCAAAUUCUGAGUGGCCUUUCUCUGGACGAGUAUAAAAUGACACUGAAAAUGAUUGAACAAGCCAUUUUAGCCACAGACCUUGCAAUCUACAUGAAGAGGAGAGAUGAAUUUUUUGAUCUAGUGAAAACCAAUCAAUUUGACUGGGAAGUUAGAAGCCACAAAGAACUUUUAAUGGCGAUGUUGAUGACAGCAUGUGAUGUGUCUGCAAUAACCAAACCUUGGCCUGUUCAACAAAAGACAGCCGAACUUGUGGCAACAGAAUUUUUCGAACAAGGUGACAAGGAGAGGGAGGAAUUAAAUAUUGAACCCAUUGAUUUGAUGAACAGAGAGAAAUGUGAUCAGAUCCCAAGCAUGCAGGUUGGAUUCAUUGAUGCAAUCUGUCUGAAGUUAUAUGAGGCUCUGGCAGAGAUAUCUGAAGCUUGUCUUCCAUUGCUAGAAGGCUGUAGGAAUAAUCGAAAGAACUGGGAAAUGCUAGCCACUCAAAAACUGGUGAAUGGAGAAAAGAAAUGAUGGCUUUGUUGAUUCAUCCUGUAGCCUACUGAGAACACAGGACUCAUCUUUUGGGAUGAAUUUCGAGCUGACAAGCUGGUUUAUUUUCUCUGCCAAUUGUGUAUAGAAUGCAGUAAACACUUUUAGUAGCUCACUGAAAUAAGAACCAUUAGCUCGUAACUGGUUGGGCUGUUUUCCAAAUCCACUUUGACAAGCUGUUAUUUUCAAUUUAAUUGUUAUCACUUUCAUAGAUCAUAGGCCAGCCAAUAAAGCUGGCUGAAUGUAUUGGCCGUUUGUUAAUGCCAGUCAGAGAAGGAAGGGGACAGCCAAGUCCUGCAACGUAAAGGAUCCAGGGGUUUCACAGCCCCUUGAAAUUUUGACUUAGCAGACAGGCUCUUAAUACUUAUUUUAAAAUAUGUAGGUCAAGUGUAAAUGAAUUGGUCAAUUAUUAUUCAAAAAUAUACCUUACAACCCGACACAUUAUUGUUCAAUUUUUAAAAAUAAUUUCCUAGCUAGAUUUGGCUGCUAUAAAUUUUCUGUCUAGCUUUGAGAAAAUGAAAGUCUUGCUUGGGGAUGUGAUUUGUCCCAUUAAUAAGUGCAGCAUUCCUUUUCUUAGCCAAUCCAUGUGCUGGGAGAG